AUGAUGUGUAGGACAGCCUCGGGGCAAUUGGCGGCGGGCGCCAAAUUCCAACCAGACCCAAAAUUCGGAAAUGAGACCACGCCACCAGCGUGGAAGACUGAUCUAGGACACGCCACCAAGCCUACAAAUGGAACAACGGCUGGAUCGGGUGAAGAUACAGAUGAAGAUCUUUACACCAAAUACAAGAAAUUGCAGAAACAAUUAGAAUUUUUAACUGUACAAGAGGAAUAUAUAAAAGAUGAAUUGCGUUAUUUGAAAAAAGAAUAUGUACAUGCUCAGGAAGAAGUAAAGCGCAUUCAAAGUGUUCCUUUGGUCAUUGGGCAAUUUUUAGAAGCAGUUGAUCAGCAUACGGGAAUUGUCGGAAGUACCACAGGAUCUAACUAUUAUGUGCGAAUUUUAUCUACCAUUGACCGAGAGUUGCUGAAACCUUCCGCUAGUGUGGCUUUACAUAAACACAGCAACGCUCUUGUCGAUGUCUUGCCUCCAGAAGCGGAUUCAUCCAUUUCACUAUUACAGGCUGAUGAAAAGCCCGAGGUCUCAUACGGCGAUAUUGGGGGUAUGGAUAUGCAAAAACAAGAAAUUCGGGAAGCUGUUGAAUUACCUUUGACUCAUUUCGAACUCUACAAACAAAUUGGAAUCGAUCCUCCUCGAGGAGUGCUUUUGUAUGGACCUCCAGGCUGUGGCAAGACCAUGUUGGCGAAGGCCGUGGCUCACCAUACUACGGGCAAGUACUUGCAAAUUCUGUCGUCUGCCUUUAUAAGAGUGGUAGGCUCAGAAUUCGUUCAGAAAUAUCUGGGCGAAGGGCCACGGAUGGUGAGGGAUGUUUUUCGGCUCGCCAAGGAAAACUCUCCUGCCAUCAUCUUCAUCGACGAGAUCGACGCCAUUGCGACUAAGCGUUUCGAUGCCCAAACGGGGGCUGAUCGAGAGGUCCAGAGAAUACUUCUUGAGUUACUCAAUCAAAUGGAUGGAUUCGACCAGACUACCAAUGUCAAGGUGAUUAUGGCAACAAAUCGCGCGGAUACUCUCGACCCCGCACUUCUGCGGCCCGGGCGCCUGGACAGAAAGAUAGAAUUUCCCCUUCCUGAUAGGAGACAGAAGAGACUCAUAUUUGCCACAAUUACAGCUAAAAUGAACUUGAGCGAAGAAGUCGAUUUGGAAGAUUACGUUGCACGUCCAGACAGAAUUUCUGGUGCCGAUAUCAACGCAAUAUGCCAAGAGGCUGGUAUGCACGCUGUUCGCGAGAAUCGCUACAUCGUCCUUGGAAAAGAUUAUGAGAAAGGUUACAAAAACAAUAUAAAGAAAAAUGAAUCCGAACAUGAGUUCUAUAGAUAAUUUAUUAGCAUCAUUUGUAGAGAAAUUGUUUU